AUGGUUAGGUUAAGAGCUAGAACAAGAGAUGGAAAGCCUGCAGCUACACAAAAAACGAAAAACAACAAAAAACAAAACAAAAGCAAAAAAGAGCCUCUUGACCUAAUUGAUGCUACCAAAAACAAAAUAAAACAAAUUAAAAAAGAGCCUCUUGACCCAGAGCCUCUCGACCCAGUCGAUGCCACAAAAGAAAUAGGGUUUAAAAGAUCCGCUACGGCUCAAGAAGAUUACCAAUAUGACUAUCGCACCUCUGUUGGCAAGAGGGUUAAAUUUCAGCCUGGUUUUCCUGUCUCUCAUGAGAUAGUUGAUGACGUUAAGAGUGGGUUUAACCCUACUUCUGAUGGAUGGUGUGGUUUUUGGGCCCUUGCCCAUUUGAUCUAUAAAGAUCAAGAAAAAUUCUCUCUUGUGAAAAGAGAUAUGCUUGCUACCCUUCCAAAAUACAGCAGCAUUUACGCCAGCACGUUUGGAACUGAUGUCAAGCAAUUAGAAGACAUUAUAAAGCAUGGUUCUGAUCUCUGCAUCACCAACUCCAACUCCAACUCCAACUCCAACUUCAUCCCAGUGUGUUUAGAUGCCAGUAUGUGGUUUAGCACACCUGACUGUGCUCAACUAGCUGCGGACACCUAUAAGCAACCAGUCUGUGUCUACUCAGACAACCCCAACACCCCUUCCAUAUUGUUCCUUCCCUUCACCCUUCCCAAAAACAUAUCCAAACAUCAACAACCUCUGAUUUUCAAUCAUGUUAACAAUAACCACUGGACAACAGUACACCUCUCCCGCAAUAUCUCAAGGAAAUGGCUAACCAUUCCUGAGUUAUUCUUUUUGGGUUGUGUCAGAAACCAGAUUCCUGACAACUUUGAUACUUACUGGAACAAGUUUAAAGAGUUCAAUAAGUAUGAUUGUAGAAAUGCGAUGUUCUCUUUUCUUUCUGAUCAAGAGGAACAUGUUGAUUUCACUAUAACAUAA